AUGUCGACGUCCCUCUGGGGAGGCAAGAAGGGCUGGCUUUCGGCCUGGAAAGCGCCGGUCCCGCGGGGGCCCUUGAGGGUACCCCCGCGAGCCGCUCGGCAGCCGCGGCCCGUUCUGCCGUCGGUGGCCGGCGCUGCUGGCGUGGACUCGAUCAACGGCACCGCUCCCGUCGUCAACAGGAGGUUCGAGGAGGAGAUCAAGACGGAGACGACGCCGGACCUGGGGGCGGUGACGGCCAGCGAAAUCGACAUUGGCUCCGAAUUCGGCCUCAGGCCGAAGAUCAUUUACAGGAACCUGUCGCCCGCGGAACUUUACGAAAAGGCCCUGCGAUACGAGAAAGGCACUCAUAUCGUUGCCAACGGGGCCCUGGCCGCGCUUUCAGGCGAAAAGAGAGGGCGUUCCCCGAAAGACAAGCGCGUUGUGCGCGAGGAGACGAGCCAGGACGAUGUGUGGUGGGGAGAGGGUUCCCCCAACUACGAGAUUGACGAAAACUCGUUUCACAUCAACCGAGAACUGGCUGUCAACUACCUCAACGGUCUGGACAGGGUGUUUGUGGUGGAUGCCUUUGCCAAUUGGAAUGCCAAGGCCCGCUUCAAGGUGCGAGUUGUGACUUCCCGUGCAUACCAUGCACUGUUCAUGCACAACAUGCUCAUACGACCUACUGCUAAGGAGCUGGAGGACUUUGGAGAGCCAGACUUCUUGAUACUGAAUGCUGGCCCCUGCAAAGCCAACAAACAGAUUCCGUAUGUCGCCUCAGAUGCCUGUGUUGCACUGAACCUGAAGGACAAGCAGCUGGUGAUCUUGGGAACAGAAUAUGCGGGGGAAAUGAAAAAGGGCGUCUUCACUGUGAUGCAUUACUGGAUGCCAAAGCAGAACAUCUUGUCCCUUCACUCAGGAUGCAACAUUGGGAAAGACAAUGAUGUGUCGCUAUUCUUUGGAUUGUCUGGGACAGGAAAGACUACGCUCUCUGCUGAUCCACAUCGACCCUUGAUUGGAGAUGAUGAGCACUGCUGGGCCGAAAAUGGCAUUUUCAACAUUGAGGGCGGCUGCUAUGCCAAGUGCAUUGAUCUAAAGCCAACAACGGAGCCUGAAAUCUGGAACGCCCUCAGAUUCGGAACAGUUCUGGAGAAUGUGGUCUUCGAUCCAGAUACACGACGCGUUCAGUAUGACUCCUCGUUUUUGACAGAGAACACGCGGGCAUCCUAUCCAAUUGAGUUUAUGGAGAACGUACGCAUCCCUUGUGUAGGUCCACACCCAAAAAACGUCAUUCUGCUCUGCUGCGAUGCAUUCGGUGUUCUACCUCCAGUCAGCAAGCUAACCCUCGAGCAGACCAUGUACCACUUCAUUUCUGGCUACACUGCCAAGGUCGCUGGCACCGAAGUUGGUGUUGUUGAUCCCGAAGCCACUUUCUCGGCAUGCUUUGGAUCUGCAUUCCUUAUGUGGCAUCCGAUGAAGUACGCAUCUAUGCUGGCAGAGAAAAUGGAGCAGCAUGGCACAACUGCGUGGCUUGUGAACACCGGGUGGACAGGGGGCAGGUAUGGUGUUGGGCGGAGGAUGAGCUUGAAGCACACGCGCCUGAUAAUCGAUGCCAUCCAUGCGGGUCAGAUGGCGGAGAGUGACUUCAUCACAACGCCCAUUUUCAAUCUUCAUGUUCCCAAGAGCGUCCCUGGUGUUCCAUCUGAGGUGCUUCUACCAGAGUCCCAGUGGACCGACAAGGCGGAUUUCAUGAACACUCUGGAGGGCCUUGCAAACAUGUUUGUCAAGAAUUUCAAGAAGUUUGAAGAUGGGGGUGGCUACGUCAGCGCUGACACGGCUAAGCGGAUCUGCUCUGGAGGUCCUGCCAGCUUGGUGGAAGCCUGA